AUGUGUGUUUCAUCCGGACAAGCCGGGUCUGCCGGGCCUCCUGGCCCACCUGGAGAGAAGGGGUCUAUGGGGCCAGUUGGUCCUGCGUCUGCCGGGCCUCCUGGAGAAAAGGGGGCCACGGGGCCAGCUGGCCCUCCAGGAGAGAAGGGGACCAUGGGGCCAGCUGGUCCUGGGUACCCUGGGCCUCGGGGGUUGCGGGGACCCUCGGGACGACAAGGGCCUCCCGGACAGAAAGGUGCAAUCGGACCAACUGGCCCAAAAGGGUGCUGCGAGUCAACUGGAGCUUGCCCUAAAGGUUAUCAGAAUCGGCGUGGAAUCUGCUACAAGGCAUUCUACACUCGUAAGACCUUCGAAGCAGCGAGCGCGACCUGUCGUCAGGAUGGCGGUACCGUCGCGAAGUCCGACGACCCUGUCUCCAGCGGUUGGCUGAUUGCCAUGUAUGGCGCCACUGGCUGUACUGACGAAUUUUGGUUCAGCCUCCCCUAUCGCGACUGCGUUCAGUACCGGAUAGCAGAGGACAAGUGGGACAACGGUGUAACUAGGAGACAUGGCCGAGCGCUCACCGCCGCUGUUCUCUGA